CGUGUGCAAAAAGAGCGCAGGAAGCCGGUGAGAGCGGCGGAAGUAGGAAGGAACUGUGACUUCUUUCUCCACACACGUGUACUUAAGAAAAAAAAAACAUCAGAUGACAGCAGCGGAAGUAGGAAGAGAAGUGUGUACACUCUGACCAUGGCGAUCGUACCGCUGCUUGUAAACCUGGCCGGCUCUGUACUGGGAGGCCUGGCCACUGUCUUUCUCAUCCCUGCCUUCAAGGAACACUUCAUCUCGGCUAAGCUUUAUGGGAUCGACAUGAACAAAUCCAGCAGAGAGCCAGUCCCAGAGUCUCAAGGAGUGAUCAGCGGGGCAGUGUUUCUGCUUAUCCUUUUUUUCUUCAUUCCCGUUCCCUUCUUGAGUUGUUUCAUUGAAGAAAAGUGUAGAGAAUUCCCACACCAUGAGUUUGUCGCUCUUAUUGGGGCGCUACUUGCCAUUUGCUGCAUGAUCUUUCUGGGAUUUGCGGAUGAUGUCUUGAACCUGCGCUGGCGACACAAGUUGCUGCUGCCCACUGCAGCCUCGCUGCCACUUCUCAUGGUCUACUUUAUCACAUUUGGUAACACUACCAUUGUAGUACCCAAGCCAUUCAGACCUCUUCUGGGGCUUCAUGUGGAUCUCGGUAUUCUUUAUUAUGUUUACAUGGGUAUGCUAGCUGUCUUCUGUACCAAUGCAAUCAACAUUCUGGCAGGAAUUAAUGGUCUUGAGGCUGGUCAAUCUUUAAUCAUUGCUGGCUCUAUAAUUCUGUUUAACCUUGCAGAGCUUAAUGGUGAUUGCCAUGAUGAUCAUCUCUUUUCACUUUACUUUCUUAUUCCGUUUUUCUUCACCACCCUGGGAUUGCUCUACCAUAACUGGUAUCCUUCCAGAGUUUUUGUUGGUGAUACUUUUUGUUACUUUGCUGGUAUGACCUUUGCUGUUGUUGGCAUCGUUGGGCACUUCAGUAAAACUAUGCUGCUUUUCUUUAUACCACAAGUCCUAAAUUUCCUGUACUCUGUGCCACAGUUACUGCACAUAAUUCCGUGUCCACGCCAUCGGCUUCCGAGUUUUGAUCCUCAAACAGGAAAGCUUACCAUGAGUUACUCCAAAUUCAAAUCAAAAGAUCUGUCGGGAGUUGGAGCGUUCGUUGUCAAGGUUGCUGAAACUCUUUGUGUGAUUGAUGUCAAACGAUAUAAAAGUGAUGAAGAAUAUAUGGAAAUAAAUAACAUGACCCUGAUAAACUUUGUGCUGAAACUGAUUGGGCCAACGAAGGAGAGGAAUCUAACCAUCAUUUUACUUCUCAUACAGGUCCUUGGAAGUUGCAGUGCCUUUUUAAUCCGAUACCAGUUGGUUCGUCUCUUCUAUGAUGUCUGACAUUCACCAUGCACUGACUUAGACUGGUUCUGCUGUGAAGUGUUGUAAACUGCUCCGGGCAAUACCAUUACCAUCGGCUUGCUGAUGCCGAGUUCAUCACUGAUAAUGGUUGUGAUAAGAGCAUCACCGCCUGAGGAACUUCCACAACUACAAACUCUGAGAACUGAGACUUUCCUGUUCCUGUACUCAUGUUCUGAAGUGUGAGAAGAAGAUGCUCAAUGGUUGGAGGGGGUACUGCUGCUGAGACCUAUCCGUGCUGAAGGAAGAAAAAGGAAUCAUGAAGUUUUAUUUCUGAAGAAAUAUGCAAAUUGUAAUUUUUUUUUACAUUGUUUUAUGUUUCACUCACUGGCACUGGUCUGAUAUGGUUUCAUUUAUCAUUAAAGGAAACGGUUGUAUGUUCAGUGAGCCCAUAUUUUGAAAUAUAGUAAUGUUUUAAUGGUAAUAUGUAAGCUGAAUCAAGUCUGCAUGCAUAAUUUU